AUGGAGCGACUGGCAGACUUCCAGCAUAUCUUUUCCAAGGAGGAAAGUUUUGAUAACAUAAAAGUUGUGUUCGACCUGUUGGCAGGUCCGCCUCGGAGAGUGAGCAAGUCUGAACUGGCAGCUUAUCUCUGCCAAACACCCAAUGCGACAAUAGCAAAGUUAAUCGACACAAUGAUCGACUGGGAGUUUAUUUGCCGUCACAAGUUUUAUGAACUCAAAGAGGGUAUUGAUAAAUUCGAAAUUGGAGACCAGGAAAGGCCGUACCUUCAAGAAUUUUGCAGUGGGUGGCUCGGAAAGAUUAAGGCCCAGGAAGAGGCAGAAGAGAAUGAAGAGACAAAGAAGGCAGCCAUGGAGGAAUACAAGGCGCUGUGGAACCCUUUCAGCGAGUUCAUUGCGGAGAAAACCCAGGAAGCCUGGGAGGAGGCAGAUAUUAGGCAUAAUUACUUGUGGCGUAGUUAUUUCGGCUCGGAGGGCAAUCCUGACCUUGCAUCAGAGUUCCCAGUACCAAGGAGCCCAGCCCGUACUCAGGGAGUGGCAUUUGUGAGGUGA